CAUGACAGGUAUGCUCAAAAUGGAUUGUCAGAUGAAGCAAUCAGGCUAUUUGGUGACAUGAAAGAGGCGGGCAUUAAUCCGAAUAAAAUAACAUUGGUUGGAGUCUUAUCUGCUUGUGCUCAAGUUGGGGCUUUAGAUAUGGGGAAAUGGGUUGAUAACUUUGCAUUAGAAAGUGGUUUACAACAUGACGUGUAUGUGGCAACUGCAUUACUUGAUAUGUAUGCUAAGUGCGGGAGCUUAGAUGAUGCGCUGAGGGUUUUUGAGGAAAUGCCCCAGAAGAAUGAGGUCUCUUGGAAUGCCAUGAUAUCUGCGCUUGCGUUUCAUGGCAGAGCCAUUGAAGCGAUAUCCCUAUUUAACCGCAUGAUUGAGGAGGGUGGGGCUCUUGCACGCCCAAAUGACAUUACUUUUGUUGGGGUACUUUCUGCUUGCGUUCAUGCUGGUUUGGUUGAUGAAGGUCGCCGGUUGUUUAAUUCGGUGAGCUCAUCAUUUGGCCUUGCUCCAAAAAUAGAGCACUAUUCUUGCAUGGUUGAUCUUCUGGCACGAGCAGGACAUGUACAUGAAGCUUGGAACUUCAUUGAGAGAAUGCCUGAAAAGCCAGAUGAAGUUUCACUUGGGGCAUUACUCGCUGCGUGUCAGAAAUGCAGAAAUGAAGAUGUCACCAAGCGGGUAACACAACUUCUUCUGGAGUUGGAGCCUUCAAACUCUGGAAAUUAUGUUAUAUCGUCAAAGGUAUACAAAAAGUUAAAAAUGUGGGAUGACUCGGCAAGGAUGAGAGUGUUGAUGAGACAAAGGGGAGUCAGUAAGACUCCUGGUUGUAGUUGGAUCGAGUUCGAAAAUCAACUUCAUGAAUUUCAUGCCGGUGAUCUUGUACACGACAGUUCAACUGAGGCUUACCAAGUGUUUAGAUUGCUAAAUGAUGAUAUGAAGAGGGAAGGUUAUGUUCCGAACCUUAGUGUUGUAUAGAGACAUAUUGAGAAAUCUGGCUUUGCAUUGCGAACUCAUCAACUGAACUACAAACUCAGUUUUACCUGUUCUCACGUAGAUUAGUCAAGCGAAAACCGGA